GUUUUCUGCAGCUGCAGGCUGUGAACAAGCGUGCCGUAUCAGUCGGCCAGAGCGAGUGAUUCAAGCUCGAGGACCGCUACAGCCCGCGCACAGAGAUAACGUCGUAGUACGACGAUAUAUAUUUAUACACAUAUUACUCCCAGCCAGAGUAUAAACGAGUGAAAAAUACCGUCCGCGUUAUUAUAUUUAGCAGCAUAAUUUCCAUGAUAACGGAGCAGCGAGAGCGCGAGUGAAAGAGAGAAAGAGUGAAUCCCCGAAUAUAGAGUAUACUCGUUGCAGAGGUGGGGGAUUUUUGCGCGAUAAACAAAACGCCAGCACACGCGGUAAUUCUAUCCCAUCCCGUCGUCGUCGUCCGCGUAAAAACCAGACGUGGUUUUUCGCUACUGCUGCUGCCGUGCUAAGUGUGCGCUGAGCUCUGCCUACUCAGUGUAGUGUUUGACCGAGAGCUAUUUAUCGUUCGAUAAACAUAGAGCCGACGAGGCAUAUGAGACACUGUCCUAUAGAUUUUCGUAUAUAGCCAUAAAUACAGCACGCAUAACUUGCAAAUACGCAUUACGCACACGCGACGUGUAAAAGUUCUAUCUAUACAUAUAUUAUUAUAAUACGUGUUGAAUACGCAAUUUCGUGAGAGGAGCAUCAUCCUCGUACGUAGCGUGUUAUAUACGGUACGAGAGAAGCAGCAGACAUUCGCGUCGUGUGAUAUUAUCGUCAUUUUUGUUUCCUCGCGAUGAAGAACUUUUUUGUUGUCCUGUCGUUGCUCGCGGUGACGGCCACCGCGUUCGUUGCCCAGGCGAAACCAGCCGAACCAGGAUACAUUCCCCCUCAGCCAUCUUCUUCAAACACUACUACAGCAGUUCCACCAACUCCACCAACUACCAAGGCAACUACGACACCACCUGAGCCUACAACUUUAGCACCAAAUACAACAACGUCUGCACCAAUUACAACUUCUUCUACUACUACAACUACAACUACAACUACUACAACUACUACAACUCCUAAACCUCCACCCACAACUACACCUAUACCAACAUCAACAUCACCAUCUCCUGACCCAACAAAAGCUCCAGAUGGACCAACAACUACAUCUGUGCCACCGACGCCAUCGCAUGGAGGACGUCAGUUUGAUGGAUUGAGUUUUAUGGGUGGCAUAAUCUUGACAGCUUGCAUCGUUGGACUGAGCGUUGGAGGAUACAAAUUUUACAAAAUCAAAACUGAACGAAGUUAUCGUACACUUUGAGAGUACAUGCUGAUUCAAACUAUUUAAAAUGUGUUUACAUAAAACAAUAGUUUAUAAUAUCAGUGCUUAAAGCUCUCAUAUAAUUUUAGAUGAAUAAUAGCAACAUUGUAUUUUUUAUAUUGUUGGAAAAAAUAGAAUUUUUCAAAAUGUUAAAGUGCUCUUAGAAUAAUAUCGUGAAAUGAGAAUUUCAAUGUUAAUCUGCGUGUUUUUCAUUUUUGUUUUAAGCAAUUACUACUAAUUAUAAAAUGAUAUAUAUGUAAAAAUUUACUUUUAAUUUUGAAUGUCUUUCCAUUUUGUUUGAGCAUAUUAUGUGUUUUUUUCUGAGUUAUAUUUAAUGUUUAACAUUGUGAUCUAAAUGUUCAAUCUCUUUCAAUGAACUAAGUGGCUUAAAAGUGAAAUUUUCAACUCUGUGUCUGUUACAAUGGACAAGCCUAACAAGAUAAAAAAUAAUUAUAAUUUGUAUAUGAAUGUAUAAACUUGUAAGUUACUUUUUUAAUGAAAUAAAACU